AUAAGCUAAACGGAGAGUGAUGCUUGUUUUGUGUUCUUUCACCCAACAAAUCUGAAGCUCACAAUAAGACACCAGAGAAUGGCCAUUUUCCCACCUUAGUAUUCCAAAAUUCAAUUUAUAUAUUUACUAUAUUAGCAUUUGCAAACCUUGGCCUAAGGUCACAACCACACCUCAUAUCCCUACAAAACAUUUCUCAUUCUUCCACCUUCUCCUUCUUCUGCAUGCUUUUGCUUCUUCCGCACCCAUCACCCUCCAUUUGCAGAAGAACCGCCACCUUCAUUCGUUGUCCAAAUGGGGUUUCACAGUGUUGAAACCCCACGAGAGGACGUGCCUCUUCUCUCCAAUGCACCCCGUCUCUCCUCAACAUUCAAGACCUUCGCCAACAUCUUCAUAUCCAUUGUGGGUUCUGGCGUGCUUGGUCUCCCUUACAGCUUCAAGAAAACGGGUUGGGUCACGGGUUUGCUCAUGCUCUUCCUCGUCGCCUUCCUCACUUACCACUGCAUGAUGCUCCUCGUGCGCACUCGCCGCAAGCUUGAAUCCAAGGAGCAGUUCCCCCAUCUCAACUCUUUUGGUGAUAUGGGGUAUGCCAUUGGGGGCCCUCCUGGCAAAUUUUUCGUUGAUGUCAUGAUAGGGUUUUCUCAUUGCGGUUUCUGUGUCGGCUACCUUAUUUUCAUUUCCACCACGUUGGCCAAUCUCGCCGGUGACGCGUCAACAUGGUAUCCUUUUCUGGGUUUGACGCCAAAGGUCUUGUUUCUGUGGGGUUGCUUUCCCUUUCAGUUGGGCCUUAAUGCUAUCCCAAGUCUGACCCUUUUGGCUCCCUUGAGCAUUUUCGCCGAUGUUGUUGAUAUUGCAGCGAAGAGUGUGGUGAUGGUGGACGAAGUGUUCGCGUUCAUGAAGAAUAGCCCUCCUUUGGAGGCCUUUGGGGGUUGGUCCGUGUUUUUCUACGGUUUAGGGGUGGCAGUGUAUGCGUUUGAAGGGAUAGGAAUGAUUUUGCCGCUGGAAUCAGAGGCGAAGGAUAAGGAGAAAUUUGGUGGGGUUUUGGGUGCGGCAAUGUUUCUCAUUUCUCUGUUGUUUGCAGCGUUUGCUGCUUUAGGUUACUUUGCUUUUGGUGAAGAAACUCAAGGGGUUAUCACUACCAAUCUUGGACCAGGCGUAGUAAGCGCUUUGGUGCAGUUGGGUCUUUGCAUCAACCUGUUCUUUACUUUCCCAUUGAUGAUGAAUCCAGUGUACGAGUUGGUGGAGAGACGGUUGUGGGAUUCUAAGUACUGUUUGUGGUUGAGGUGGUUGUUGGUGUUGGGGGUGAGUUUGGUGGCAAUUUUUGUGCCUAACUUUGCAGAUUUUUUAUCACUUGUUGGUAGUAGCGUCUGUGUUAUUCUUAGCUUUGUCUUGCCAGCUACGUUUCACUAUUUGGUUUUCAAAGAAGAGAUAGAUUGGAGGUGUCUGGUUUGUGAUGGGGCAAUUGUAGUUUUUGGGUUGGUUAUUGCAGUUACAGGAACCUGGUCUUCCUUAUUGAACAUGCUUCGCCACAGUGCUUGAUCAAACAACACAAAAAGUCUCGUCUUGUUACUAAGUACUUAGUCAAGAGUUUGAUAAAACAGAGGGAUUUUUAUUUUUCAUUUUUGGAUGGAGAAAUUUUUAAGUUGCUGAGAGCAUUUUUAAUGGAAAUGUUUUUUAAGGGUUUCUUUAUUAAUAAAAAUAUUAUUUUAACAUAACAUUCUAAUUUUUUUUUUUAAAUUAAAGCGAGUUGGUUAUAUAGAUUUCUUUUAGAAACCC